UCUUAAAGUUAUCCGAUUGGAUAAACUGGCUUUUAGAGAAGAAGUUGUUUUAACUAAAUUUAAUUUUCAUAUUUCUACGCAACCCGUUUGCUCGCCUUGCGGACCAAUGGGGGUCCGCGGACCACGGUUUGAAAACCACUGUAGACCUUCUUGUUAUUGUCAAGCACUUUGCUAGCACAAGGUGUGACAUUGUUAGAUAAGUUUUCUUUCAAUGUAAUUCUCCAAACUAUUACCACAAUUCACGAAUGACUCGAGUUUGUAAUUGUGUGGUGUCAUUUUGGAUAACUUAUUAACUCGUAUUUCGGAUUGAAAUCAUUUUUGUAAAAGUAAUAACUCUCAUGAUUGGAAAUCCGCUGUAAUGGCUUUAAGUUGCAUAAGGCAUACAUCAAGGCGAGUGAAGAAUAAAUGUCUUUGCGAAGACUACGCUAUACCAUUAGGUGACUCCAGUGGAAGAUAAACAACUGAUGUAGGCACCAGCUUUAGAACUAAUAAUGACGUCAUCGUUUGUCUUAUACUCUCGAAGCAUUUGGAAAUGUACAGAGAACAACUGUGCUCCUUGUCGCUCUCAUCAUUACUGUGUAUAUUUCAACGCACCAGAGUGUGUUUCGUCAUCAAAACGUGUGUCCUUAUAUUUGCAGUAGUUCUGGUCUCAAUGUUCAUCCGUCCACUCAGGAAUACUCUCCUGCAUCCGGUCUGGCCGAAACCAUGGACGCACGUUACGACCAUUGAUCUUCUGAUGAUGGAAACAAGGACGAAAGGUCCGGAAAAUGUCGUAGACCUGCCGCAGUGUCCCACCGUCGUGACGCCAACUGUAACUGAAAAGGAUCCACGCUUAGACGCCAUUUUGAUCUACGAUAAAGUCAGUGAGACGAGACUCAAAUCUGAAGACCACAAACACUUUCUGCCGGUGAUGAAUGGAAAAGAGAAGCGCAGUUUCAUACAAAUGUUUUUCGUUUUGGCGGAAAGUCUCCAGGGAGCAGGAGUGAAAUUUUUCCUCGAGUCCGGCUCCUUGCUGGGCUCUCAGAGACAUCAUGGACUCAUACCUUGGGACGAUGACAUUGACAUAGCGAUCCACGUCAAUGAUUGGUUGACUGUACGUGGAGCGCUCUCUUGCAUCGAAGGAUACGUUUUGAAAGUUGAUCCCAUCAUGCAUUGGAAAUUUUACGGAAACGCUUCCCGGUAUCCGUUUAUCGACAUUUUUUUCUACACAGGCAACGACGAAUACAUAUGGGCCAUAACCGACUAUACGAGACGAAAUUUAGUAGCCAAAAAAUCUGAAGUAUUCCCCCUUAGUUACGAACUAUUUGAAGGUAUUGAAAUGCCCGUACCAAAAAUGGCAGAAUUUAUAGCUAGAAAUUUUUUUGAAUUUGACUAUUGUGUAUCUAGAAGUUCAAAUCAUAAAACCGGUGAACCUCUUGAUGAAAUAACUUUACUUUGCUCUUCAUUGUCAUAUAUGUAUAACAUGUUUCAUCUAGACAAAUGAUGUUUGUUCUAAAAUUCUUUAAUAUAGUUCUAUAUGUUUGUGUUCUUAUAUUAAUAUAACCAAAUAAUGUUAGGCUUUUUUUAAGAGAGCGCGAAGGCCUAUAUUAUUUUCUUACCUUUUUUAAUAGUUAAACAAAUUAUUAUAAUAAGUAAUUAUAACAUUGGAUCUAACAAUGAGACAUAUUAUUACUCAGCUCACUAAGCUGUAGACCUACAAAUAAUAAAUAAUUGAUUGCUAAUGUAACACUUUAAGCUAUUUAAUUUAAUUUUAUAAAAGUAGCAUGCAGCAUAUAGUCUACAGAUUAGCAAUGAUUACGAUAAAAGGACUAUGGUGGGAAGCGUGGUCUUGAACUUGGCUUGGCUUGGCUACCUAGAAGGGGGCUCGAGGUUCGACACCCGACUCGGGCAGAGUUGUGUUUACUGAGCGCCCAAAGGCAGCACGGAAAACCAACUCCUAGAUACCCCCUCCACUCCCCUCCCCACCGGUCCACAAAUGAGAUUGGACCAAAAGCACUCUGAGCAUGCUAUAAGCAUGAAAGUAGCGCUAUAUAAAAGCUAUAAUAAUAAUAAUAAUAAUAAUAAUAUGCUUAAUAAUCUCAAAUGAUUAUUUUUUUUAUUGUAAUGAUUAUUUCUCGUAAAUAUCGGCAUUGGGUGCAGCAGAACGGACGGGAAGGGGGGGGGGUAUGUACUGUAUGUCGCCACCUUUGCUUUUCUGUCUUUACAGAAGAAACAGCGAUACAAUGAUCACAAAGUGUAAAAGUUGAGUCUAUAUUGGAAUGACAUUUAUAUGAGCGUGUAAUAGAGUACGUAUUAUAUAUAAUAUAUGGUGGCAACUAUGCACAUAAGUAGUCUGUGAAUGAUGACAUGUGCUUGUGUUGUUUUUUGUUGUUGUUGUUGUUGUAUAAAUUUACAGUUAAGAUUGACGAACGUAGUUGACAACGAAAAUUAAAUUGAAAAGUGUUGAAAAGUGGUGUUGAAAAGU